GAGACAAAGCGGCGGCCGUUGCAAUCUUGAUCAUGCGAUUCUCUACUUUUAAUGAAGCAGAACAGAGCAGAUCAUUCGGUUGCGGAAUUCAAGCAUAUGAGGUCGGGCAUUGGACCCCUAUCCCGCGAAACGAUCGCGGCAUCUCUUUCGAUGUCUGCGCCCACCCUGCCCAAGUCCUGCCACCACGACGACGACCGAAGCCGUCCGCGUUGCCUCCUCCUUCUGUUCGGCUAUUUUCUGCCCUUAUGGUCACUGCCCAGUCAGAGCAUCGCAAUCUACGUUCGUUCGCCCGUCCCUUCGUCGCUCCCAUCGCUCGAAUCAUGCCGGCACCUGUCCUCGUUGGCUCUGGGCUUCCUGAGGGGAGAGGAGCAUGAGGGAAUGGCUGAAACUUCCCACCAGGAACAGGCAUGGGCAGUGAGGGACCCAGGGCAGGCUGCAGGAGUUGAAUGGAGGGAGGAAGAAGGGCCCUAAUGAAAGAUCUAGUUGAUACCUGGUAAAAUUUUAAUCUUUAUAAGUAAAUAACACCUUAAUUUUGUGUCUUUUGUA